UCGACAUUCGACAUUAUCCUGACGUCAGUCAAAGUGGCAAACAUAUCAAUUUAAAGUUGAAAGAAAAUAGACCUAUGUGACACUAAAUUUAUAAAUAGCAAAUUUGCAUCUCGUUUACCCUCACAUCUUCGCUCUUUCAUUUCCUCUCCCUCUUUCUCUCUCUCUCUCCCUUCCCCUUUUUCGCGUUUUUUUAUUUAUUGCAGUAAUAUAUAUGACGCGUCACGCUGUUUGCGUCUCUUGAUAAUCUAUACAUAUAUAUAUUUAACAAUGAAAUUUUUCUUUUUUCAUUAACUAUAUCACGUUAAUUGCUUUUAAUGCAUAUUAAUAUUACACAUAUGAAAUCUUUAGCCCGUACCACAAUUGAGCGGAGUACUCGAGCCACUUCAAAUAUGUGUAGUCUCUCACCAGCACUCAUUCUCGAGUGGAUGUGUACCUUCGUGCUUAGCUACGCUGUACGUGAUGUGAUAAUGUGAUGAGAAAUGGAGAUUAAAAUGAUUAAAUAGAGGCGACCCGUGCAACCACCGGUUACUAAGUUCCCGGAGAAGGUAAGAAAGGCUAGGUGUGCAUGACGCUAACUGCAAGUUAAUAUCGAUUGUCGUAUUUAUUUAAAUAAUAGAUGCGGACAAUGUAGGCGGAAAAUUGGCACUGUUGAGAUGCUACAAUGCAGACAAUAAGAAAAUAACAUCACCAUUUUUUGUGGAUAAAUCGAGUAGAGAAAAAUCUGACUUUUACAGAGAUUUUCUUGCAAUUCUCUUGAGAAAUGGAAUUAAUUUAAUUUACAUUUUAGAAAAUUAUGCUUUAUCUCGUGUACAUCACUCAACUUUCAUAAAAUUUAAUGUAGUUUCAUGGAGGAGGAGCAACAGAAGUCAUAAAAGGAUUUAAUAAUCGAUACCUCACCAUCAUAACGAAUAAAGUUUUCGAAUUAAAAUUCUUUUUUUUACGCGCAAAAGUUGAAAAGAGUUUACCUGCUCCCUUUGACACCUCUCAGGAGGAUUACUAUUCUUCGGAUUUGAAAGCAAAUUCGUGUCACGAGAAACGCUUUUAGAAAUAUGGAAUCUACAAAAUAUUGAUCGAAAGCAUUCUAGACAUUUAUGUAGCAUUUGGUUAUAUAAUUCGCAUGCGCAUGUUUGAAACGUCGUGAAUUUCGCAGUGAAUGAGCGAAUCAUAAAAAAAACGCAUUUCGCUGGCGCGACAUUAUUGUGUCGCGUUGAUCUUAUUUCUCUGUUUCUUGAUUUCUCUUUCGGUCGACAUAUUGCGUCGGUAUAUCAAGAAUAUCUGAAAAAUGUGUCUCGCUGAUGCGUCGCGUUACCGACGAUUAUCCUAUUUCUGCUUCCGCGUGUCUCUCAAUCACGCGCAUUUGCAUAAAGGAGCACAGAAAAUAGGUCAUUCUACGGCAAAAGAGAACGCGGUUGCAACUGCCGUCCAUGGGGAAAUGUUUUAACAAAAGUCUAAUAUUCUCUUUCUCUUUCCUCUUUCUCUUUCGUGUCACCUCCUAUAGAAUUCUUUCUUAACAAUAGCUGGAGUGUCGAGGCAUGCGGCGUGGCGAUGUCUUAUCGCGAUAUCAAGCGCGAUAAAAGUUUUCAUCUCAACCGGGUAACCGGGAGAAUGCGGCGGAUUUAAACGCGCGUUCAUCGUCCUGACUUUAUUCCGACAUUAAUCGCGCUUAUAUCAGAGACCUAACCUCUAGGCUCGCCAUAUUCCACAGCUUCACUAACGAGUGAGUUUUAUGCGUUUUCAUGAAUAACCAGAGACCAAAAUACAUUAUAGACUAUUCACAUAUAUAAUCUCAGAUUAAUUCUACAGGACGUCUUUGAGCAGCGGAAUAUAAAUCUUGAAUCGCAUUAAUUAAUUUCGUCUCGUUAGCGUUUUCCUCGAAAAUUUUACAAAAUUCUUUCGAGAGUCAUAUUAAAAUAUAUAGACACCUAUAAAAUUAUAAAUCAGUAUCAGAUUACUUCUCGCCCUCGGAUGAAGCGGACUGAAACAUUCGUACGGAACGUUGGAUGGUCCAAAGGUGAUAGACAACGCGGCUUCGAUCCGGAAACCAGAUAAAACUGUUAAGUAUUACAUAUCGAAACUGAGAAUGAUACCGACGUUUAGUACUAUCCUACUCUUCCGCGUGUCAAACGGAGCAGGUCGGCAUUCUCCAUUAAUAUUUAUGCCGAUGCGGGGUGUCGAUAUGUCGCGACGGCAAUUCAAGCUGUCACCGGCGAAGCGUGGCGCAACGACGUUGAGCCUGCGUAGCCGUGGUAUGUAGCCGCGGCCCGUUUCGAUUUUAAUUCGCACAGGUCGCGAUACAUACACACGUCCCAACAACAUCGUGAACAUAGCAGCAGCAGCAAGAUCUUACGGCGUCGCGCCGGCCGGCGCGGCGGCUGGCUCGCGAGCCGAGCGAAUACGAGAUUCGUCGUGCGCGCGCAGCCGGCAAGACCAGCUAUAAAGCAGCCACGGAGCAUGCCUACUCUCCAGUCUCCCCCCGCGCACUCCCGCACGCGUUUCAUCUUCACCCGCACCGCACCGCACCGCGCCACUCCACGCCGUGCCGUGCCAAAGCUGCGGCGAGUCGGUCAAUACUCCGAGCAACGCGGCGGUGAGAGCACGACGCACGUCGGCUGUACACACGCCGCCUCGCGCUCCGCGUCGUUGAGAAGGGAGAUACAGUUUCCUUCGCGCUUUCUUUUUCUCUCUCUCUCACUCUCUCUCCCUCGCUGUUUCUUCUCGCGCACCCGCGCGUGCGCGCGUAAUCUCGCUGCUCGCUCGUUGCGGCCCGUCGCGACAAACGCGAGGAACGCGUCGUCUCGUCGUCCUCACGUAACGUCAUCGCGUUCGACUCCGGCGUGCAUCGCGGGCGCCGGCAAGCGCGACCGUCUUCUCUUCGCUCGUCGUGUGCACGCGCUUGUACGAGGAGCAUACGGACACAUCCGACGUACACGUACACGCGGACAGACAGGGGAGUGCGUGAACGUAGUGCCGUAUAUUACGCACGCGUAGACGCGCACGUCGUGCGAGCGCGCGAGGAGGCGGCGCGCGCGUCCACCGAACAGCGUCGUCCUCGUCGUCCUCGUCGUUUCAUAUUCCAUUCGUUCGACACGCCGUUUCGUCGUUCGUCCGUUCGUGCGUGCUCGUGGCAUUUGCGAGAACGCUGCGCGUGAGUACGAUGUGAAGGAGCAACUUCGGAGCGCUGCAGAGGACACGGUCUCGGGACACAGUGAAGUUGGUGACCGGACACAAGUGUGAAGUUGGCGAGGGACAAUCCGAGCGUCGUUCGAACGACGUGAUUCUCUCAGUGAUCCCGCGUGCUCCGUCGCAGAUAGUCGCGGUGGGUGCGUCUUCGCCGCGUUUUCCUCGCGGGCAGAAGGCAGGACCGAGCGGAAAGCAGGAGCACUCUCCUCCCAAGUGUCAAGCCAGCUAUGCGUUUCGGUGCGUGAUGGACAGGCGAGCCUUCCCAGCCAGCAGCGGCGGCUGCUUCUCGACCGGCAGACUCAUGGAUACGUGGAUACUCUUCCUCUUCGUCGCCAUUGCCGACGUGACGGCGUCAGUGGAGGUUCACUUCGAGAACAAGGAUGGCGGAUUCUUCCUGAAGCAUACGACGCGACAGUAUUACCCGGCUCGCACGCCGGACCCAGCACCGGCAUUGUCGACCGGCGCGUCGAACAGCAGCCCGCCUGGUGUGGUACCGUCUCCGCCGCCCGGCUCCAUCCUCUCGAUCGACAAGUUCACCGUCUUCCAGACGAGCGAGCCGGUGUCGGUGCGGGCCACGUACGGGCCUUUCAGCACGAAGCAGACCGUUCCGGCGCGCUACAUAGUCCCCGAUCCGCUGGACACGCUACCGGCGCCGGAGACGCGACGUAAUCUCACAGCAGCAACGAUCCUGGACGCACAGGAGCUCGGCGCACGUCACUUGGACAUGUCGGCCCACCUGGUGGGCAACAGCGUGCCGCGAGACUCGCCGGUGCUCAGGGUGCUCUUCCACGCCGGCAGUGAGGCCGGCACGAGGCGUCAGCUGAUGGCGCGACAUCAACGGGUCUGCGUAGUCUUGCAUGCCAGCCUGGUCAGCCCGUCGCGGAACAACGCCGCCAGCAGGAGCAACAACGGCCGCGGCUACUCUUCCUCUUCCUCCUCGUCCUCGUUCUCCUCCGCCUCGUCGUCGUCUUCUUCGUCAUCGUCUUCGUCCUCCACGCUCACGGCUGCCUGCAGCCCCGACGGCGAGAACGGCGUGUGCCUCGCACAGAUCACCAUACCGGCCGAUUGGUGGCCACCGUUGCCACCGCCCGACGCCUCCGGUCGCGUCAAGGUCGCCAAGAGCCUGCCGCGAUUGAUCCAGGUCGCUUACUCCGUGCUGGAACCGCGUACGGAGGAGGGAGCACUCGGAGGAGGUAGCACAAGCCCUGACGGCAACGGCGAAUCGGGAUUCUGCAGGCCCAGAGUGCAAAUCCAACCUGUCACCCCUCUGGGCCAGAUACCCUUGGCACCCAACAGGGCGGACUACAAGGAGCUGAGAGCGGACGACUCGCUGACGUUGCUGGUACCGCAUGAACCGCUCUAUCCAAGGUCCAGGCUGCACGUGCCGGCCUUCCUGCACCCCGCCAAAGUGACGGAUUCCCGACAAGAGCGGCCGCCGUUGAUCGUCACAGUUUACCUCAGGGCGAGGGUGAAAUCUGGCGUGAAGAUCCUGGAUGCUUCGUCCAGCAGCCCGGACUGGACCGUGACUAGCGAAGUCAACGCGAAGAACACUGCCGCCACGUUCACGGCACGACGCAAGGAGAAUGCUUCGCGUGUACCAAGCACAUCUGCUGAGGAAAUAAUGACGAUGCUGCUGGAGGCCUGCGAGGAAGAGGAGAUACGCAGGAGCUGGGACGGCGGCAGGAUCGUGUGGAGCGUGCGUUAUGAGCUCGAGGGCGAGGAGGAGAACGGUUCGCAGUUGACGGGGGCCGAUCAGCUGCAGCCACGUAUGCAACAGCGCCAACUGCAGCACCAUCAUCAUCAUCAUGUCGAGAGGCGGAAACUGCAGGCUCGGCUCGAGAUACAGAAGGAUGAUAUACAGGCGGUACUUCCGAUCUCGAAGAACUGGGAGGUGAUGAACACGGCGGUAUUGACGGGGCGUCAGGUAUCGCAGGGGAUGAAGGUCUUCAUCGUCAGUCAAUCCGGCGCUGUAGCUGACGUCACACUGCAGUCGUCCUGUCAUUCCGAGGACGAGAGUGUCCUCAAGGUAUCGUCCUCGUGCAGCAGUGUGUAUGUGGAUGGCUCGGAGAUCAGAGGUUCCAGCAACGCGUCGGUCCUCGUUAAGUACGGCACGUAUACAGGCUUGGCGCGGUUCACCGUGUGGAUGCCCGAGUUCCCUCUGGAAGUAACUGUCGGUGACACACGGCUCAGCCAGAUAAAGGGUUGGAAGGUGUCGGAGGAGCACGCGGCGGGCGCCAAGAGCAAGCGCAGCUUGUUGAACACGACAAAGACAGAGGAACAGACAGGGUCCUCGGCGGAAUCGCCGUCUCCCGUGACCGCGCGAACGAAGAAAAGGAGCGCUGUCGAGCUCGAGGAAUCGAUAGAGGAUACUUCCCUGGACGUGGACGACCCGGACGUGAUCCUCGAGGAGGACGAACAGGAGGAGCGGAGCUUUCGCAACGGGAACGAUCACGGAUGGGAUACUGUCAACACGAUCGAUCGGAAUCCGGCUAAUUGCAGAUUGCGAUUCCAACAGAGCCCGGUCGAGGUGCACGCCCGUUUCCUGGCGAACGAUCAUGACACGGGCCGAGAGUCGUACUUCGUUAAUCGUCGCACUUGGCUGCGCGUCACCGACCUGGUGGCCGGCAUGCUGCGCGUCUCCGAUCCCAGAAUAGCGACGCUACUUCAAGGUAGACUGGUACAGGGACGUGGGGUAGGUCGCACGGAGGUGCAGGUGCUGUCGCCGCUCACCGGUCGGGUAAUCGGUGCGAAAGAAGUCAGAGUCGGCAACGAUCGUGUGUCCGUGACGCGUCUAUCCGUUCGAGUGGUAUCCGGACUUCAGCUGAGCAUCAGCCCCGACACCGCGAUCGAGAACGGAUACGUCGCCGAGACUUCAGUUACCAGGAGACUGACCGCUCAGUAUCAGGAGGGUCUACUGGACAUUGACGUGGAGUUUUCGGACGGUACCCGCACGCCUCUGAGGGAGAUCGCCGUGACCGAUUACCACUUGCUGGUGGAGAGCUUGGAUCAGGACGUCGUGGCAUUCGCACCGAUGGUCGCCUCGCAUCACCCACGAGUGAUUGCGAUUGGCGAGGGCCGUGGCGACUUGCUACGCGUGAGUCUACAGCUCGACGAGUCCUGCCGGCUUGCUGGUAGACGAUCAGGCAAGGGCUCCCAGAGAACAGCGGUUGCCGUUCUGGCAACCGCGACCGCUGGCGUUGAGGUGGAUUUCGCGUCGAGCGACGUGCCCAAUCGACCGGAAUUCGUGCAGAACGACGGCGGCGGCACCGUCGGAUCCCACCAUCACAGAGAACGCAAAACCAGCCGGGGUGAAGUGGCGUCUGAUCUGCAUGACAUUCUCAUCGGGUUACCGCUGAAAGACGAGAAAGAUGGGCACGAGCACGAGCCUUUGGUGCAGGCACGGCAGCAUCGCACGGCUAUAGCUAAUGGCAUGUCUUCAGGGGGUAUGGGCGUCGUCGGCGUGCGUCAUCACGGCGUCGGGGCGCGCAUGAGUCCGCUCGAGAUCGGGAUGUACGUGCUGCUCGCGGCGUUCUGCUUCGCGAUCGUUGUCUUUGUCGUCUCCUGCGUGGUAUACGCCAGCAAGUUCAAGCCACAACCGCCGGACUCACCGCUGACCGGCUCGGCCGUACCGGUGCUCUCGGGCGCGGGUGCGAGGGCACGCGCCGCCGCGAACCAGCUGGCGUCCGGCAAACGGCAAACACCUCGUGAAUCGACCACCAACGCACACGACUGGGUAUGGCUGGGAAGAGCGACUCUCGAACGUGCCGCCUGCGGUCCGCAACAGGUACGCGUGACGAGUAAUCCGCUGGCCGGUGAAGCGGAACCCGAAGCCGAACUGGGCACGUGCUUCGACAAUCCGAACCACAUCGAGUUGCCGUCUGUUAAUCAACGACCUAAUGGCGGUGGUACCAGCGCCAUUGACACCACGACUUACUGUAAGAAAGACAGAGUAGCGCGUAGUUUCGCGGCGAAAUCCGCCGUCAAGCCGUCGGCGGUGAUAACACCUACCACUUCUACAACGGCGACAACAUCAGCGUCGAUGGUGACUCCGGUGAUGAUCACCACGCGGAAUGACAACGAUGACAUUCCCCCGCCCUUGCCGCCGCACGGAGUACCUACCGCUAUCUCGGUAUCGACAACAUCGGCGACUGCGGGAACGGCGAUGACGAACAGUGCCAAUAACGGCAAUACAAGCGAGGAUUACAAACCGCCGGUACCGCCGCAUAGGAACACAGGGGUGAACGUGCGGCUACCAGAACCGCCGCGGAAGCAUCGACACAGGGCGUCCAGUGGCGGCAGCGGCAGCCAUCACGGGAAUAAUCAUCGACACAGCGGCAAGCCGCCGCAGCAGUCGAAUCACAACGUAGUCAAACCGCACGGAAAGGCCAGAGUGGACAACGCGAACAACAAACAGAACGGAGGUGAGGACGAGGAAUUCGUGGAGCUGGUGAAUCACGACGACAACAGACACCACGCGAAGGACGCCGGCAGGUCCCGAGAGAUCAAGAGGGCAACCAUAGUCGGUAAUCCGAUGUUCUCGUCGUUCUCCACGUCUGCCGUGGUCUCCACGGUCUCGAACUCGUCUAUUCCUACCGGCGGCACGGCCUCAUCCACCACUACGUCCCCGCCGUCUUCGUCACCGUCCGCCUCCUCCUCGUCCUCCGCCUCCUCCACUGCCUCGUCCUCUUCUCAGGAGCAGGAGGAACCGGUGCCGCUCGACGACCUCAAUCUGGGUAUGGACUACAACCAGAUCAUGCAGUACUUCGACAACCUAAAGGAGUCGAAUGCCUAGGUAGAGCCGUUCGACCUCUUUGAAGGUCGAGCAGUAGUCAACGUCGAUACGAAACAUCGGGAUCCUCACUAGUAGACACAGGCCGAAUCGCUCAUCCUCGCGCUUCUUCUCUCGAGGAGAAUUCUGUCGAGGAUGUCCGCGACAGCUCGCGAACGGGAACGAGAUUCCGCUACGUCAACGACGAUUUCCCGAAUGUUUCGUAUUUUAGACUAUAAUCUAGUCAGCUUCCUAGCAGCACAUCAAGAAUAACGCGCAAAUACAAAUACAAUACACACACACACACACACACACACACACACACACACACACACACACACACACACACACACACACUCGCGCGCCUCUCGCGCCACAAACGCAUACACAAAUCCACGUACGCGCUCGUAUUAAUGAAAUUAAGAAAGAGAUAACUUCUUUCACACACGAUUUAUACAGUCUCUUGACAAUUUGUUACGACCGCUAACAGUUUUCGGACGCAGAGGGUAAAAGUUCCUGCAUUAUGAUAUAAUUUGCCGUGAUACAUUCAUAUUUUUUAUCGCGCGCCGAUACGUAAAUAAUGAUACGUAAAAUAUAAUAAGACGAAGAAGUUUUAUAUUAUAUCAAUAUCUUACAGCUCUCCGAUACACGCGAAGAGGAUAUAAACAUAUAUAUGCAUAUAUUUUCACUAUAUUUUUUUACGAAUUUUUUACGAAUUAUCAUUAUCAGUGAUCCGACAUUUUCCUUUUUUGCUGACUUGGUUUUGCUAUUUUCAUUUGAAAUUCUUGUUACGUUUUUUAAUAGCUGAAUUUUGUCUAUUGUCGCCUGGCAACAUUUAAUAGAUUUAAUCUGUUGUAAUUUUACCUCUUAAAUAUGCAUAUGAGAAUAUUAUUGGAAUAUCGUGACUGCGAAGACUUGUUGGCGUAAUAAAUAGUCGGAGCACUGUUCGUACACGCAAGAGGCUUUAAAAAAAACUGACUGUCGGUGGCCAGUGGGGUAGGUAGAUCGCUCGCUCGACGACGAGCGUCACACGAUGUUCCGACGUUCCGUUCCUCGCUGCGAGCUUUUUUUUUGUUUUCUGCAGGACCAUUGUCGGUCCUCGCUCUUGCCCCGCGCCAUCAUGAUCUCUCGCUCAAACCCUUCCUCCGCUAUCAUGAUUUCUCCCCUGGUCGAGUCACAAGAGAUGAAUAUCCUUACGACGUUUUUUACUUUCGAUCGCGCACGAUUAAUUGCAAAGAAUUCUCUGGCUUGUGCUAUUCUCAUAAAUUUUCCAAAUGUACUAUACUUAGCUUUGUGUUAUGAUAUAUCUAGCGGCAGAAUCCUUCAAAUUUCAAAAAUUUGAAAAUCUGAUUUUCCGAUUUUGCGCAAGAAAUUUGUGGAAAAUAACAAAAGAAUAAAAAUUUUAUCGUAUCAUGUUAACGAAUAAUCUCUAUAUUUAAUAAAAAUACAUCAAUAUUAUCGCAAAACUAAUUUCAAUCAUCAAAAGACCGUUAUGUUUUAUCUGCCGUAAAAAAAAGGAAGAUUUUACGUGUUGGAUCUUUCAUCUUGAAUCUUCCAUUCACUGAAUACUCGCUUUAUACGUGGCACUGUCAACAGUGAAUUGUGCAAUUCGCUAAACUUGUCAAUCAGUAACUGGGUGUAUGACCAGACAGAAGUCAAUAUACGAUGCGCGAUCAAAUUUGACGAGCACGUUUGCCUCGCGACUCGACCGGAUCGCAUUGGAGAAGAUAUAUUUAUUCGAUCGACCAUACGUCGUAAUGUUUGUAAAUUUUGCUUUGUAAGACUGUGUACAUAUAUACAUUAUACAUAUACGCGCUAGCGCAUAUAUUAAUUAUGGACUUACAGGUUUAAAGUUACAUUUGUAUGGCUAAUAGGGAAUCGCGAAUCGUUCCGCGCGUCGCUCGACGAAAAAAAAAGAACAGUCAGAUAUAUUGAAGGAGGAGACGUCGACGACGGAAAUAAGCGUAUACGUUAGACACUACGAACGCUGCUCUCUGACAUCGCUUUCGAAUUAUCCUACAGUCCCCUCAAGACCACGUAAAUUCCAUGAAAUCCUUCUAGGUACCUCGCGCGUACUCGUAAUCAGCAGUUUUUAUUAUGCCGAAAUCCCCGCGCGUAUUUUCGCCACGUGAAUGCAUCCGCAAGCGUAUGUGACAUCGUUAGGUGAGAUCAGUAUCAUGGAGCAUCUAGAUGCUAGUACCUAGAUGUAUAACGCACGCGUAGACGCGUGCCUAGGUACGGUAUCGAGAUACGGUAUCUCAAUCGAGAGCAUUUUUGCUUUGAACAUUUGUAUCUAGGUACUGUAUCCGAAAUAUUGUAAUAUGUAUAUACAUAUGUACUUGCCAUAUCAAGUGUAUAAUUGUAUAUUUAUCGUGAAACACUCAUCUACGAGAUAUCGAAAUCGGUCGAAGCAUUCUAUGCAAUAGGAGGAAGUCCUACAUAGAGAUUCUAGUUCGUUUAGUAAUGCGUUUCUAUUUAUUUACUAGACUUAUGAUUAUUACUUUGUGAUAAUUGUUUAAUGUUUAGCAAUAUUUGAGAUAUUUUAUAUGCGUACCUUAAGUGAUAUCUGAAAGAAUAUUGUAUCGUUAUGUUGCCACAUCAUUAGCAUGUACGUUUGUACCUAGAUACAAAGAAACUUGUAAAAGUGUAUAUAAACUAAAUGAACGAUAUUAAAAUGGCUUAUUUUAAUGAAAAUUAUAUAUUAUAAAUCAUUGCCAAUGUCGAACAAGCGAGAAAUAAUGGAAUAAUUAUUAGUUAACAUGUUUGAAACAAUAAUUCUUUAAAAUCUUGAUUAAUAAUUCAUCAACUCUUUCUUUAAUUCACUCAUUAAUCAGUAUUGUAUAAAAGAAGCAAAACUGUAUAUAACGCGAAACGAAAAUUAAACUGUGAAACAUGUUUCAUAUUUUUUCCUAAUCAUAUAAUUAACUUCGUCAUUUAAUUUAAUCUCUUAAACGUAAGAGAUAAUCUUAAAGAUUCUGCACGAUCAUUAAAUAAUCAUCACAGUGUGUUUGUUUGGUUUAUACGCGCUUUUACUCACUUAUAUAUAACAGCGAGAAGAAAACGUAAGAGAAAGAAGGUUCCGUUUGUUCUUCCCAGUCGACUAAAACUAGUUAGCAACUCAUACACAGUCGUCCCAUUGUUUUCCAUUAGAAAACUGAUCACCGCGAAACGAUCGAGUGCAAAGAAAGCAAGAAUACUAGGCGUGAAGUGAACAACCUACUCCAAGGAUCAACCAGAAAACCUAUUAAUUAUGUAUGCAUCUAAGAACUACGUGUCUAAGUAUGUAUGUAACUAUGUAAGUUGUGUGUUAGCACAUCGCGUGGGACAAUAGUGAUCCAAUCCAUCGGCGGCGAACGGCGAACGCGGCGCCUCGUUAUCGCAAUAGCACGGUGAAACGAAUGAAUGUAAUACACGAUUGUGAAAGAUUGACGAAAAAAAUCGAAAUAACGUCGGACUAUCCCGCCGAGAAUCUAGUCUUUUUUUAGCGUAAUUUUACUAUAGUAUAUAUAUACAUAUUAUAUAUAUAAUCAACGUAAAGUGUACGAUCUACGUUGCCUUUCGCCCGAUGAUAAUAUAAUAUAUUAUCUCUUUAUUUGUCCCGCGAUCAUUAUGCGUAUAAAGCUUGAUGUAUAUACAAUCAACCCUUUAACCGGUAUGGCGGAAACCAAUGUUUUUCAUUCAUUACGCUCUUAGAAUUGUUCAAAGGAAAACUAUUGAGACGUAUCUAUCGAUAUUUUUUAUGACUGGCUAAUUUCGUCUUGCGCAAAAUGGAAAUACAAUGGUACAGCAUUUUGUUACGAUACAAACAGUGCGGUAAAUUUUACUAAUUGGAAACAUGAUAGGAGACGCUUAGUGCAAUAACGUUUGAAGCUACAAGAAGAUAUAAAUAUAUAAAUAUAUACAUAGUCUCAUAUCAUAUCGUAAGACUGCGCCAUUUAAUCGAGGGUUGAAUAACUUUCGAUGGCAGAAAACGCGUUUUCCUUUCAAACUAACUAUCGAAUUUUUAUGAGUUUUAUGAGGCCAAUCGCUUUAUCUCAUUUUGUUUCUCUCCUUCGAAUGGACGUAGAAGCGAUCAAACUCAUUAGCGGACACGGCGAAAACUUGUACGAAUCGAUCAUAUCUAAAUAUCAAGCGAGACAGGCGCGCGCUAAUCGUUCAUAGCCAUUAUCUAACGAGUUUGAUAUAAGGGCACCCUCGGUGAUUAUCAUGAUGCCAUAGCGUUUACUUAGUCUUACUGAGAGUGAUCGAAGUCAGUGGCUUGUAUGUUAGUACAUAUAUAUAUCAUCGCGUGAUACAUACUAAACACACAGAAUAGACGAGACUUCAUGUACAUACGCACUUCUAAUUCCACGUCACUUAGAUGAAAAACUCGUGCUUCUGUAGUGUCGACAUGCUCGUCGCGAAUAAAGCCACGCCGAAAAACGUAUUCUUCUCAAUAUGAUCCAACGAUUCCUGGCAGGAUUUUUGCUCGCGCAGAAUAUUGUACAAGACAGCAAUUUUUUCUUGUACUUCCUCUUUUAUCGUUUUAAUUUAAUUUUUUUUUCCUUAAAACAUUUGCAAUACUAAGAGCACGAAAAGUUGUAUGCAGUAUGUUUGCAAUACUAAUUACUGGAUCGCGUUCAGGGAUCGUUGGUAAUUUCCUCACAUCUCUCUACCCCCAUAUUUCCCACGAUUCAUCCGAUUCAUCUAAUUCCUACUCACGACCAAUGUAAUAAGCGAUGGUGGAUGACACACGUUGCAUUUGUCUUUCCACGCCUCCUUUCCUGUCGAAUUCUUGUCGAUUAAAGAUAGACUCAUCGCUGACUCUGCAUCCGCACACAUUCCUCAGACACGAUGUCGCCCUAUUAACGUUAAGUGUGAUGCGCGGAACUGAAGGAAGAAAGAAAGAAAGGAGGAAAGAAGAAGCGAUAAUUAGUAUAGUUACUAAUUGUGCUCGCGACGAUGACGCUUGAGCGACGUCGUCGGCGAGCGAACGCCGACGAUGGCGGUGGUGAUCGCGUCUACGACAACGAUAGUACGACGCAGGUGUCCUCCGAAUUAGACAAUUCUAGAAGAUGAUGAUCGUUGAUGUGCAGGAGCUCAUGAGAUUUCAACGGUUGUCUCGACAAAUUCCAAAGUAUAAAGCGGAAGAAUUAUUCUCACAUUUUCUCAUUCAAGACAAACAUCUUUUCCACAUUUGGAAAUAUCAUGCGUCACAUGUGUAACAUCGGAUCUAUAUUUUUCAAAAUUUAAGACCGAUUUAAAAUAAGGUUUUUAACUGCGCAUAUAUCACCGGAAAGGCUACAUUGAAUUACCUCGACUAGUUAAAACAAGCUUGAAACGUCCCAUCUCAUUCUGAAAUCUCAUGAACUUUCGUUCCGAAAUAAUUGAAGAAAACAUUUUCAUUAAUAAUGUUCUCUUUAUUCUAAAAAUUCAAAGGCGCUUUGCUCGUUUGUACUAUCACAAGCGUUGUAUCAGCACGAAUAUCAGAGCCAUUCCAUGAUGCCGGAUGACAGAUUUUGCCGACUUUACUAAUCAAUGAACAGUAAAAAAAAUGAUGAGAGUGAAUGUCAUGCGUAAGUGACUUACGCAUUGAUGUUCGACAUCCAUUUUCUCGUUCAAGGAACAGAAAUAAGCAGCGUAUUAAAUCUGAUACUUCUUGCCUUCUUAUUUUCUUCACAGUAGAUCUCCAUUUUCAUAAUUGCCAUUCAUCGCAAGUUCGCGAGAGAUGAACCGUAAUCGCAAAGGCAGCUUCUCUGAAACCCAUCACAUCCGGAACUGUGGAAUGACCGUCAUUAGUAGAAGUAUUAUCAUCAUCAUCAUGUCUAUUAUCGAUACUCUACUGCUAUUGUUACCUACCUGUAGUACUAUCAUUAUAUUAUUGUCAUCGUUGCCGUUGCUGUUAUUGUUACUGAGAUAUUGUUGCUGCUGUUGCUACUGCUAUUACCAUCGCCACGUCGAUCGCGCGUGCGUACACCCUGGGGGAGACACGAGGCGUCGUUGACGUCGCCGUCGCCGUCCUCGUCGCCGUGGCCGUCGUCGUCACCGUCGACAUCGAUGUCGGCGCCGCCGAUACGCUAAUUAUAACAAUAAGAUACGACUAUCGCCUAUUCAAUGUACAAUAUGUAGUAUUUACCUGUUGUUACCAUCAAACCGUCAUCAAAGAUAUAUAAAAAUAUUGUAAUUGUAACAUA